UCAGUAGUUUAUGUUGAAUUAGCUAGUGGUUUGUCAAAACAGGUACCAGAAAGGAUAACGAUAGCUAGCUAAAUGCUUUGGGUUGCUGUGUGUUUAGAAUAGUUACCCUAACGAGUGAAAACUAAUACUGUUGUUCGCCAUAGCUAUUUCAUGAUAGACUGGUUCUCUAGCUAACUAGCUAUCCUUUGGACGAAGGUAUCGAUAACCAUCAGAUUUAGAUUUUGCCAGUUCGCAGCUCAGUUAAUAAGAUAGCAGCUUUGUCGUGAGCUGGCUAGAUAAUGUUAGACCAGUGGGUGGUAGAUGGAGAGCCUAACGUAAAAUAGUAGUAACUGUAGUUAAAAAGGCCAUGGUGUUUACCUUAAUUAUUAUAACUUAAAUUGGUUGUGCCAAUUGGUGCACAAUUCGUAACUUGCAAACAAAAACAGCUGAGAACCUCGGACUUAGAGACUCACUGUCACUAGCCUCUCUCAGACUCCUAGAUGCUGACCCGCCGCUCUUCGCCAUGGACGAGGGCAGUUUGGAAGCGGCCAUUGAAACCUACAAUGCCCAGCUGCAGCAGGUGGAGACCGCCCUGGGGGCGGGGCUGGACCCCUCCCAGCAGUCGGACCUGCUCCAGCUGAAGGAGGACCUGCGGCAGCUGAUCGAGCUCACCGAGUCCAGCCUGGUGUCGGUGAAAAAGAGCCGGCUCCUGGCGAGCCUGGAGGACGGGGCGGCGGCGCUGGCCCUGCCGCCGGCGGGGAGGUCCGCCGAGGGCGGCCCGGACGAUGACGAGUUCGCCGCCUUUUACUCGGAACUGGGAGAGCCGGCCGCCGGCGGCGCCGGCCUGUCUCGCGGUCCCGGGCAGCGGCCUGCUCGGAGCCCGACGCUGACCGGGGAGGCCAAGGACGGCGAGGAAGAAGAGGAGGAGGAGGAGGAGGAGGAGGAGGAGAACGAAGACGCGCUGAGCGGGAUGAAGGUCCGAGCGCCGUACCGCAGCGCCUGGGGCACGCUGGAGUACCAUAACGCCAUGGUGGUGGGGGCCGAGGACUCUGACGGGACCGAGUCCCGCGUGAGGGUGCUGUACAUUCACCCCACGCACAAAUCCAUGAAGCCCUGCCCCUACUUCCUGGAGGACAAGUGCCGCUUCAUGGAGAACUGCAGGUUCUCCCACGGCGAGGUGGUGGCCGUGUCGGAGCUGAGGCCGUUCCAGGACGCGGACCUGAGCAACCUUCAGGAAGGUUCCGCCUGUCUGGCCCGGCACGAGGACGGCAUCUGGUACCCCGCCAAAAUAACGGAUAUGGAGGACGGUUACUACACGCUGAAGUUCGACUCGCUCCUUCAGAGGACCGCCGUGGUGGAGGCGGACGGAGUCAUCCCCCCGUUGCGGCAGGACGACCCGUCCUCCUCGGAGUCCGAAGACGACGAUGACUUCGGGGAGUACACGGCUUACGCUAAAGUUCUGGACUCCACGGAAACGGAGGAUUGGACCCCGUCCUGCAGUUCCAGUUUCGCUGGAUGGGAGGCGCACACACGUGGCAUCGGCUCCAAGCUGAUGGUCAAAAUGGGCUACGAAUUUGGGAAAGGGUUGGGGCGGAGCUUGGAGGGGCGGGUGGAGCCGGUGAUGGCCGUGGUCCUGCCCAAGGGGAAGUCCCUGGACCAGUGCGCCGAGAUGAACCAGAAGAAGGGCCGGAAGAGGCCGGGGAAGGGGGAGGGGUCGAAGGCCAGGCGGAAAGGCAGGAGGCCCGGCCCCGCCCACCGGGGGCGGGCCAACGUCUUCGACUUCCUGAACAGCAAGCUGGGCGACAGGGAGCGGAACGCCGAGGCCGACGCCCGCCCCGCGCCGCGGAACAGCAAGGACGCGUACAGGGGGGGCGAGAGCGCCAAACGCUCCCUCAACGUGCGGCUCUUCCAGGCCACCGAGCGGGUGGCUCAGACCGAGCGGGAGAUCGAGCGCCUCACCCAGGCGCUGGCCAGGCAAGCGGGGAGGGACAGCGCCAUGGCGACGCAGCUGGAGGAGAAGCUGGCGGCGGCCAGGAACCAGCUGACCCAGCUGAAGGCCCAGGAGCUCCGCGCCCAGCAGGAGCAGCGCAAGGCCGACACGCACAAGAAGAUGACCGAGUUCUGACCGCGCCGGCAGCUGCAUUCUGACCGCGUCCCGACCGCGCCGACCGAUGCGCAUCUGCACCCGGCCUCCACCUUUUAGGCUCUCUUUCAUUUGUUAAUUCAGUUUUAUUUUUUCUGUUUUUUAUUUUUUCCUCUUGUGUGAAGGCAUGUUACUGUCCAGGUAAAUAAAAAAUAAUUAUGGAUUUCAAA